AUGCGUCUCCUCAAUACCCAAACCCUCGCCUUUAAGCAGUUCUUCGGCCGCCGGCCGCCCUACGCCAUCUUGUCGCACACUUGGGACGGAGAAGAAGUCUCGCAUCAAGAUGUCCGGGACCAGAUACCUUCGCUGCAGUCGAAACAAGGAUACCAAAAAUUACAGGAGUCCUGCAGGAUAGCAGCCGAACAGCGGCUCGAGUGGGCAUGGGUCGACACUUGCUGCAUCGACAAGACGAACAAUGCCGAACUGACAGAAAGCAUCAACUCCAUGUUCCGCUGGUAUCAACAGGCCGCCGCCUGCUUCGUGUACCUUUCCGAUCUUCCCGCCACCGGAGAGCUAAAGACCAAUCUUCCAAACUGUCGAUGGUUCCGUCGUGGUUGGACCCUACAGGAGCUGCUCGCCCCAGAGAAAGUGCAGUUCUACGACAAGGACUGGGACCUGCGAGGCACCAAGGACGGUCUUAUCGUGAAGCUCGAAUCCAUCACCGGCAUCCCAGCUGACAUCCUCACAGGCCAUGCCUCCAUCCGCCAAAUAUCCAUCGCAGACCGCAUGUCCUGGGCCGCAAACCGGCAGACCACCCGCCCCGAAGAUGUCGCGUACUGUCUGCUCGGCAUCUUCGACGUAAACCUCCCCAUGAUCUACGGCGAGGGCGAAAAUGCCUUUCGACGCCUCCAAGAGGAAAUUAUCCGCAAAAGCAACGACAUGACCAUCUUUGCUUGGCAAAAAAGUAACAAACAUGUCACUUCUCUAGGUUCAACAACACCGCACAGGUCCGGAUCCCCCUUACUCGCCACCUCCCCAGACGACUUCACCCGCCACAACAAAAACGAAACCAUCUCCAUCCUCAGCAUCCGCAACGCCGCCAUGAGCGCCUCCAUCAACCCAGAGUACAUCGUCACCAACAAAGGCCUGCGCAUCACCUCCUCCCUCCUCCGUCUAACACAAGAAGACAUCGGCGAACCAGACCAAGGCCUGCAUUAUUUCCUCGGUCUAGGGGAGAUAAAACCCCGAUCCAGCCCGCCCGGCCAACGAGGAAGAAUGAUGGGAAUCACCCUCAACAAAAAUGGCCCCGACUUCUUCGUCCGCAGAAACUGCCCCUUACGAGUGCUAUCCGAGCCAGAAGGUUCUGUUCUGCUGACAACCUGCAGAAGAAGUUUUUAUAUCCAGCUGGACGAUACCGCUACCCAACCACUGAAUAUAACCUCACCGGUGGAUGCAAUCGCCUUUCCACUCCAACGUCUCACCACCACCACAGGCCCCCGGGCCCCAGAGAAAAUCACGGUCUGGCCGGGAAGAGCCCGGCCAGAGAGCCACUGGGACGAAACCCGGCGUUUGUUCUUCCGUUCCAACAAACGGUUGCUAGUACUGGCGAUAUCAGCCUUUGCCAUCUUCCAAGAUGGUACAAGGGUGGAGUUGCUGAUGUUGGUUGACCAGCGCGCCAAGAGGCCCGCUGUGCAGCUUUUUUUGCAGGAUAAGGAAGCGGAGUUGUAUGAGUGGUUUCUUCGACGGAUGGAGGCGAGCGAUAUUCAUUAUUGGGAGCAGCUGCCUGGGGAGCUGUGGAGGAACGCGUCGCCUUGGCCGGGGAGUCAGAUUGAGGUUGUUGUGGGUGGGGGAAGGAGGUAUGUGAUGUCGGCGUGGAUACAGGAGACUGAUGAUCCAGAGGCGGCGGCGUUGCAUCAGGUUGUGUUUAGGGCUGAAAGGGCAGGCGGUGUGACGGACGAAAUCUGGGCGAAGUUGUAG